CCAAAAUAGGGAAGUAGCUGUGCAGUGCGAACUCGAAAGUUCAUUCGCGAGUCUUGAAGGAAAGUGGCAUGUGGUGUCUACAAUAAUUUACGAAACGAAUGACAUUAAUCUACGGGGAAAGAGUAAAUCCAGAUAUCAGACAAUGCUCAGAUGAAUUCACGUGAUGUACCUACAUACCAACAGACAAACCUUAGUGAAGCUCUCUUAUUGUUUAGGGUGGAGGUCUUUAGUUUUGACCUGAUAUUUUCUGGAAAUACAGCAUUAUGUCCCCGAAUAAAAAUGGGGAGAAACGGAGGCUUUCCAGAUGGUUGGACUAUGGCAGUAUAAAUGGGGAAGGACAAUCAGAUCCAUGCCCUACCUGCCAGGGCACAGGACGCAUACCGAGAGGUCAGGAGAAUCAACUCGUGGCAGUCAUUCCUUGCAGUGACCAAAGACUAAAGCCUCACCACACGAAACUGUAUGUGUGUAUAUCAGUGGUGAUUUGCCUCCUGAUCUGCUCGCUGAUCCUGUUUUUCCUCUUCCCACGGAGUAUGGAUAUGUCACCUGUGGAACUACAGUCAUCUAUGGUCUAUUUCACACCAGAUACAGUUAAAAUGGUGGUCAUGCAUGAAAUGAACCUCACCAACCAAAACUUUGUCAGUAUCACAGCUGAUAAUCUUAGUGUGCAAGCAUUGAUUUUCGAGACUGUGGUUGGCAAUACCAAACACCCCAGUGUCACCAUACUUCCUCCUCGAUCACAGAAAACGAUUAAAGUUUUAGCCGACAUUGUUAUUAAAGACACGGGCCUUAAUAAUUACUGCAAGUCAAGUGCCAUUCGGAUUCACACCUUAUUCUUGCAUUUGCAAUUGAAUAUCAAAGUCUCCUACCUGUCCCAUUCAGAGGAGAUGUCUACAGAUGCCUAUGAGUACAUUGACUGUGGAGUGAAUUCCACUAUGCCUCAUCACUUCCCUCUGCUUUGAGACUAAACCAUUGCCAAUCUAUGGCCACGAAUGCUGAUGAUAUACAAAUCUAAGUAGGCUGCUUUAAACAGGAUUAUCAUUUUAUGCUGUAGUUUACUACAGUCCAUUUAAAUGGGUUUUGAUUAUAAUGACAGUAACAUAUGAUACAAUACAGACAUCACUGGAAUAAUGAAUAUGUGUUGCUAACUUAGACCACUUUUCUUGCUCAUUGAUUUAUUAGUGUUUACAUAAUAUAAACAUGUUUUAAAAUUUGCACAACACGAAUUUGCACAUUAAAUUGUAAUUUUAUUUGUUGUAAAUUCUUGAGCAAAUUAUGCAUCUAAUCAGAAUUGUUAAACACCUAGUUCUGUUUUAAUUAGCAUUAUGAAAGAAGAAUAAAGUCUGGUCUCCUAUAAAAUACACCUUAAUAUGUGGAGUUGAUACUGUCCAGAAGUCUGGCCUUCAUCUUCACCAUUGCUGGGAAUACUGCAAGGACUGAAACAAAUCAUGCACACAUCUUAUGUUGAUGCUGCUAUUUUCUGGAUCAUUUCCACCUUAUAAAUUCUUUAAAUAAUCACUGUGAAAUUAUACACAUACAAGGGCUGGACAAAAUAAAAUGGUUCUAAAGCCAAAUUGUCUUUAUGUAAAGGUAAAAAAUAUAAAUAGAUAAUAUCUAACCACAGGAUCUGUUGAAUCUGACUGCUACAUUAUAUCGGAACAGGAUAAACAAGUUUGCAGUACUCACCGUGUAUCUUUUCAUCUUGGCAUGACACUUGCAACUGCAUUGCUCAUCAACCUCUGAAGAAAACAAAUAUGUUUACACUGACUGCAUUAAGAUUCCAUGUAUCGUAUGUCGUAGUUAAUUUUGUAUUUUGAUCAUUCAAAUUCAGUCACCUCUAAAGCAGUGACUUUUUGUUCUUAAUGGCAUGCAAACAAUGGAGAAUUGUUGAGUGUACUUAUGUUUGAUCUGUUAUUAUGAGCUGCUUUACCUAGAGACCCUGCAGGUUUACAGGGUGUCAUAUGUGCCUCAGAAUGCUCUUUCUUUUUACCUUGCUUAUCUUCCUUAAAAAAGAAAUAAAAUCCCAUAUUAUUUA